UCAAUUGAGAACCACAAUCUCUCCCUUCUUCUCUUUCCUACAAAAAGCCAUCGUCUCUCUCCCUCUCUCUCGUCCCUUCCUCCAUAGCCACAACCAUAACCUCUCUCCGGUUCUCCGCACCUUCCUCCAUCGCCGGAGCCUUCGUCAUUGGCCGCGUCACAGCGGCUGAGCCUUGCAACAGACGCGCCCUCACCUCCGCUUCGUCUUCGUCUUCUACGUCGACAGUUAUGGCGAUUGUUGUCGUGGAUCAACUCAUCCUCGGGACAUUCUUCGCUUCCCUCUUCGCGUUUGCUCUUCUCUUCUCCUUUCGCCGGGGCAAGAAGAUCCGCGGCUCCUCCGGUGCUCGGAGCGGCGCCGUGCUGGAGGGUUCGGGGGUGGAGGGGUCUGGAACUGUCACGGAUGUCAUCAUUGUCGGCGCUGGUGUCGCCGGAGCGGCCCUCGCUCAUACCCUCGGCAAGGAGGGAAGACGAGUUCAUGUCAUCGAAAGAGACUUGACUGAGCCUGACAGAAUCGUGGGCGAAUUGCUUCAGCCGGGCGGCUACUUGAAGUUGAUUGAGCUCGGUCUUGAGGAUUGUGUGAAGGAAAUCGAUGCCCAGCGUGUUCUUGGUUAUGCUCUCUUCAAGGAUGGGAAGAACACAAGACUUUCUUACCCCUUGGAAAAAUUUGAUUCUGAUGUGGCUGGAAGGAGCUUCCAUAACGGGCGCUUUGUUCAGAGAAUGCGUGAAAAAGCUGCUUCUCUUCCAACUGUCCGGUUGGAGCAAGGAACUGUGACUUCGUUGAUCGAGGAAAAUGGGACAAUCAAAGGGGUUCAAUACAAAACAAAGGAAGGUGGAGAACUCAGAGCAUAUGCCCCUCUCACAAUUGUUUGUGAUGGUUGUUUCUCGAACCUACGCCGCUCUCUCUGCAAGCCUAAGGUGGAGGUUCCCUCUAAUUUUGUGGGUCUAGUCCUGGAAAACUGCCAGCUCCCAUAUGCGAAUCAUGGGCAUGUCAUUCUUGGUGACCCGUCGCCAAUCUUGUUUUAUCCCAUCAGCAGUUCAGAAGUUCGUUGCCUCGUUGAUAUACCCAACCAAAAGCUUCCUUCCAUUGCCAAUGGUGAAAUGGCCAAGUACCUAAAAACUCGGGUGGCACCCCAGGUUCCACCCGAGCUUUACGAGGCCUUCAUUGCUGCAGUUGACAAAGGUAAUAUUAGAACAAUGCCAAACAGAAGCAUGCCAGCCGAUCCAGUUCCUACUCCUGGAGCACUUCUUCUGGGCGAUGCAUUCAACAUGCGUCAUCCUUUAACAGGCGGUGGAAUGACUGUUGCAUUGUCAGAUAUCGUCAUUCUCCGCGAUCUUCUCAGACCACUUCAUGACCUUGAUGACAAAGACCAGCUCUCAAAGUACCUUGAAUCAUUUUACACGUUAAGGAAGCCGGUGGCAUCGACCAUAAACACAUUGGCGGGUGCACUGUACAAGGUCUUUUUGGCAUCGUCUGAUGAGGCGAGAAAGGAGAUGCGUGAAGCAUGCUUCGACUAUCUCAGCCUUGGAGGUGUUUUCUCAUCUGGACCAGUGGCAUUGCUUUCGGGUUUAAACCCUCGCCCUCUAAGUCUAUUUCUUCACUUCUUCGCUGUGGCGAUCUAUGGCGUCGGGCGUUUACUGUUACCAUUUCCUUCAGUUAAACGCUUCUGGAAGGGGGCUAGGUUAAUCUCGAGUGCUUCGGGCAUAAUCUUUCCUAUAAUCAGAGCGGAGGGGGUGAGGCAAAUGUUCUUCCCUCAAACUGUACCUGCCAUCUACAGAGCUCCUCCUCCUCCUCAAUGAUGUAAUCAGAAGACAUCGAUUAUCUAAUCAAGCACGGAUCCAUCUGCCUUUUUAGACUUACCCUUUGUAAUUUACUCGAGCAACAACGUUUUUUUUUAUAAUUCGGAAGUUCACCGCACAUUCGAUUCAACUAUAUCUCAUAGAGAAUCGGGAAAGCCUAGGUGAAUUCUCUUCUCCACGCUUGAGUUUGAAUCCAGAGUAAGAACAUGUUUUAUAUAUUCUCUUAGCACCAGACUAUCCAAGUUUGGGUAACAUCGUUGUA